AUGGAGGCGGAGGGGCCGUUUGGGAACGUGGGGAACGAAGAUUCGAAGAAGGUUCCAGGCGCGGACCAGAGAGGGGGAUUCGGGUCAAGUGAAAAGGAUCGGGGAAAGGGAGGGGGAGUAGAGGAGCAGGCGUGUGAAAGCGGUGGAGCGCGGUUGAGAGGGGUGGGGGAGGAGGAGAGAGCGGUGGGAAGAGAUGGGGGAAGGGAGCAGCGGAUCGUAGUACUCAAGGUGGCUCAGCUGGUGGGAGUGGCGUCUCUGGCCGUGCCCAUAGCUGCGUGGACGCAAGGGACCUCUCUUCCGCUGGGAACAAGCCUGGCAGUGGCAGCAGUGGUGGGGGGAGCAGCAGCAGCGUCCGCCUGCCUGUGGUUCUACUCCUCGCGAUACGUGGGGGAGCUUGCACUGAUCGAGGCACCUGCUGCCGCUGCUGAUGCUGGUGCUGCCAGUGGUGGUGCUUUUGAUAAGGAUGGGGGGCAGUGGUGUGUGUGUAUCAGCACACUUGACUUCUGGGGCAACCGAGAGAACCUCAUUCUGCCUCUCAGUGCCCUGGUGCCGCCACUCAAGGGUCUGUCCCAGCAGCACCUAAAGGCCAUUGCACACCACAGCUUCGUGCCGCUAGAUGUGCCCUCCCACCGGCAGUUCCUGGUGAGCAUAAGGCACGGCCGCAUCCCCAACCUCCCUCUGCUGCUCGCACUGCUCAAGGGCGAGGGAGACUGGGAGAGGGAGCUUCACUGCUAG